GCUGCUGCUGGACGCACAGUCCAGAAUCGGAACUUGGCUGUCGGCCGUGGACCUCCAGGCAGACUCCACAGCCUCAAGGUCACUUCCGGGACAGGCAGAAACGCCGGAUGCGUCUGAGCAAGUGUCGCAACUGCCGCAGCCAAAGGUGUCCGCGGCAGCUAGGAGACUGCAAGAGUGGAGGUUGACACGGGAGUCCACGUUGAGUGCAGACGCGGAGGCUCCACACGGAGCGACUGUCCCAGCUGAGCCUCAGCAGGAGCUUGGCGAAAGUGGUGCAGCACAGCCGAGUGACCCAGUCGUAGAGGCAACAGUUGGUGAGGCGAUGGUCCGAAUUCGGAUAUCGGAAGAGCCGCCAAAAACAGUCGCACAAUUGGCUGCCACCUUCGAGCGGCCUUCCAACGUGCACCCAAAGGGGAAGGCCGAUGUCACUUCUGCGUCGAUGUCGAAGACACCUGCGCAGGAGGAAGGUGACGAGCCUGACGAGCAGCCGGCGAGAGAAGCAGAAAGAGCGGAUGAGGCGGUCAAGGGCCCAGAGGACAAAGUUCCGAGCUCAGCGGCCCUACAGGAGGCCGCUGGAAAGCUCAUGGAGAGGGUGAAAGCUGCCAGAGAAAGAACGCGGGGGCCGUGGCCGGAGGAGGACGCAGCCAGUAAGGCGCUGGCGGCCCGGGCUGAAGAGGCAGCAGCGGAGAAGCCCAAACUGCAGGAAAGCGCGCGCCUGGAGGAGGAAGAGGGAGGAGAAGCCAAGAAGGAGGAGGAGCAGGCGGUUGUGGAGAAGACCCGAGCAGAGGAGCCGGUGGAGAUGCACGGAGAAGAGGAACGCUUCGAGGAACAGAAGCAGCCGAAAGAGGAGAUGGUUGAGAUGGUCCCGGCAGAGGAAGAG